AUGGACCCCGAGUUCGCCGCAGCCGUUGAAGCCACGAAGGCCAACGCUCACCCCGCCCCAGCUGGCAUCCCUACCCCUGCGCAGAUUAGGGCGUUAUACGACUCGGCGUGUACCGUGGACCAUGCGGCAUUUCACGAGAAAUUAUUGCCCCAAGACUCUGCAUACACUCUGCGGGACAACGUGGUCGCCGUAGAAGGUGGUGAGGUUCUUGUCCGGUGCAUCACACCUGCCUCCGAGGGUGGACAGGUGAUGUUUCCUCUGUACUUCAACAUGCACGGGGGAGGUGGAUGCGUCGGGUCCAUCACCAACGACGACUUCAUGCUCCGCCGUCUGAGCGGUGAUUUCCGUAUGGUCACCGUUAAUGUGGAGUACCGCCUUGCUCCUAAACACAAAUUCCCGAUUGGUUUCAGUGACUGCUUCGCUGCGCUCAAAUGGGUGGUGGUAAACGCCCCAUCCAUCGGCGCCGACCUUUCAAAGGGCUUCCUCAUCGGCGGUCACUCUGCGGGUGCCCGGACCGCCGCCUGCCUCGCGCACGAAGCCCGCGACGACCCUUUCUUCAAGGACACCACGCUUACAGGACAGCUCCUGCGCGAUCCCGCGGUGAUCGUCUCUCCGAGCGUCCUUCCCGAGAAGUACAAGCCGGUGUACAAGUCGUUUGAGGAGAACGCGAUGAACCCGCCCCUGUCUCGCCCGGUCAUCGAGAACCUGAGACGCAUGUACAACAGCCCUGGAGACGAGCACGAUCCGCGUGCCGGGGCGCUGCUCUAUCCGUCUCACGAGGGACUCCCGCCGGCAUAUAUCCAGUGCAUGGGCGUGGACAUCCUUCGGGACGACUCCAUCAUUUACGAGAUGGCAUUGAGGGAGGCCGGUGUGAAGACCCAUCUUACCCUGAUCCCUGGGGUCGGCCACGGAUUCUACUACAACUACCCCCACAUCUCGCUGGCAGAGAAAGCGAGAGAAGACAUGCGGAAUGGCUUCAAGUGGCUGCUCGGGCGCGACGGCGCGUAA